AGAGGGGGUGGAGGACACUGAGUGGCAGGCCAGAGGGAUGGGCAGAGAGGGGUGGAGGACACUGAAUGGAGGCCAGUGGAGGGAUUGGCAGAGAGGGGUGGAGGACACUGAGUGGAGGCCAGUGGAUGGAUUGGCAGAGAGGGGUGGAGGACACUGAAUGGAGGCCAGUGGAGGGGUGGCAGAGAGGGGUGGAGGACACUGAGUGGAGGCCAGUGGAUGGAUUGGCAGAGAGGGGUGGAGGACACUGAGUGGAGGCCAGUGGAGGGGUUGGCAGAGAGGGGUGGAGGCCAAGGACGGGUAUGUAUGGGGGAGGGGUGAGAAGCUGGGAUCUGGACGGCUAUGUAUGGGGGAGGGGUGAGAAGCCAAGGACGGGUAUGUAUGGGGGAGGGGUGAGAAGCAAAGGACGGGUGUAUAUGACGGGAGUGACUUUUGGGGGUGGGGGGACCCCUGUAU